AUUAGGAAAAAGUCUUGUCAUUUGCCGUUCGCGUGCGCGCCACUUUCAUCUCAUCAUUUUUAAUUAGUCCCUCCCUUGGCCACUGUCACAGGCAAAAAUGGCUGAGAAAACUUCUGACCAUACUACUCCCCUCCUUCGCCGCAGCUGGUGGCGCAGCCACCUUUCCACCCUUCCAUUCACCACUUCACUCCGUCUCAAAACCUCCCUCCUCUCCGAACUCGGCGGCUCCGUCGGCGACUUAGGCACUUACAUCCCUAUUGUUCUAACACUAACCUUAGUCUCCCAUCUCGACCUCAGCACUACCCUUAUCUUCACUGCAUUCUACAACAUCAUCACCGGCGCUCUCUUCGGAAUCCCGAUGCCCGUUCAACCCAUGAAAUCCAUUGCUGCCGUUGCCGUUUCCGAGACACCUCACCUCACUGUUCCUCAAAUCGCCGCCGCUGGUAUCUCCACCGCCUCCACCCUUCUCUUCCUUGGAGCCACCGGCCUUAUGUCCUUUUUCUACCGCUUUAUUCCUCUCCCCGUCGUCCGCGGCGUUCAGCUCUCUCAAGGCCUCGCUUUUGCUUUCUCUGCUAUUAAAUACAUACGCUAUGAUCAAGACUUUACGGCCACUACUAAAGCCAGCAGUACAACCCCACGUCCGUGGCUUGGUCUUGACGGUCUUAUUUUGGCUCUCAGUGCUGUAUCUUUUCUUAUACUAGUCACCGGCUCCGGUGAAGUUGUUGAGGACGACGACGAAGACAGAAUUAUUGUAACCAACGACCGUGAUCAACCCAGACUUCGGCGCAGAUUACGUACACUAUCAGCAAUUCCAGCAGCUCUUAUUGUGUUUUUACUGGGGUUGAUCUUAUGUUUCGUGCGCGACCCUUCAAUUAUUGGUGAUAUUAAAUUUGGCCCAUCAAAGAUUCAUGUUUUGAGAAUCACGUGGGAAGACUGGAAAACUGGUUUUUUACGGGGCGCGAUUCCUCAGAUUCCUUUAUCUGUAUUGAAUUCCGUGAUCGCUGUGUGUAAAUUGUCAGCUGAUUUGUUCCCAGAAAAGGAAGUGUCAGCUACAAGAGUUUCAGUGAGUGUUGGGUUAAUGAAUUUGGUGGGCUGUUGGUUUGGAGCAAUGCCGUGUUGCCACGGGGCAGGAGGAUUAGCUGGACAGUAUAGAUUUGGUGGGAGGAGUGGGGCAUCAGUGGCUUUUCUUGGGUUGGGAAAAUUGGUACUUGGACUGGUAUUUGGGAGUUCAUUUGUGAGGAUUUUGAGUCAGUUUCCUAUUGGGAUACUUGGGGUGCUUUUGUUAUUUGCUGGAAUUGAAUUGGCCAUGGCUUCAAGGGAUAUGAAUUCGAAGGAAGAAUCUUUUGUCAUGUUGGUUUGUGCUGCUGUCUCAUUGACGGGGUCCAGUGCUGCACUGGGAUUUGGGUGCGGUAUUGUGCUAUUUUUGUUGUUGAAGUUGAGGCAUUUGGACUGCUUUGGUACCGUCAUUGGGAGAUCAAAUUCCAGGUCAAACUUUGAUGAAACUGUUCUCAAUCCGUAAGACAUUUUAGAAGAAAGAGAUUUCUCUGAGAAAUUAUUUACGUUCAUAUGCAAACUUGUAUACCUAUUCCACGAGUCUGUAUAAAAAGGCUAGUUUCUUGAGCUAAUGUCCUUCAUAAUUUUAAUAUAGUUGAUAUUUAUCCAAAAAAGAUGAAGAAAAGAUUCUGUUUUUCA